AAGAGAAGGACGGUGACACUCACAUGCUAUUGUUUUCCAACUCUUUCACUCUAUAAAACUUCACUGAACUCAUCUUCUUUCUUCUUCUCUCCUAAACCAAAACCAGAAAACUUAUGGCGGCUGCUUUGUUUCCCUACGCCAAACCCAAUGCAGGAGCCGGGUUUUCAACCAGAAUAUCUGAGCUUUUUCCAUUUGUGAGAACGAGCACAAACUCUGCAACUAGUGUAGCACUUCAGGUCCCUCCGAAGAAGCUCAAUUGCAUCACUGCUUGCUCCACAGACAAUACACUCCCUCUUCCUCAAGCUCCCACUGCCGUCUCUGCUGCCUCAAAGGUGAGACGCCACACGAUUUCAGUGUUUGUUGGUGAUGAGAGUGGAAUAAUAAACAGGAUUGCCGGGGUAUUUGCUAGGCGGGGCUACAAUAUUGAGUCCCUUGCUGUAGGUUUGAAUCAGGACAAGGCUCUCUUUACCAUUGUUGUCUCUGGGACUGAGAGGGUUUUGAGACAAGUUGUGGAACAACUUAACAAGCUUGUGAAUGUCAUCAAGGUGGAAGAUAUCUCAAAGGAGCCACAAGUUGAACGUGAACUAUUGCUUAUAAAACUUAAUUCUGAUCCAAGCACCCGUCCUGAGAUCAUGUGGUUAGUUGACAUCUUCAGGGCAAAAGUUGUGGAUACCUCUGAACAUUCUCUUACCAUUGAGGUCACUGGAGAUCCUGGAAAGAUGGUUGCUGUUCAGAGAAACUUGAGAAAGUUUGGAAUAAAAGAACUUGCAAGAACUGGAAAGAUUGCUUUGAGACGGGAAAAGAUGGGUGAGACAGCUCCAUUCUGGAACUUUUCUGCAGCUUCGUAUCCAGAUCUUGAAAGGGCAGUACCAGAUUACACUGCUGUACCAAAAAGUAAUGGAUCACUGAAUGGGCAUACCAAUACAUCCUCCAGGGGUGAUGUAUAUCCUGUGGAGCCUUAUGACAACUACCCAGUGAAGAUUCUUGAUGCUCAUUGGGGUGUUCUCUAUGAUGAAGAUUCAAGUGGAUUUCGGUCACACACUUUAAAUAUGCUCGUAAACGACACUCCUGGAGUUCUCAACAUAAUAACCGGGGUUAUAUCUCGAAGAGGUUAUAACAUUCAGAGUCUAGCUGUAGGGCCAGCCGAAAGGGAUGGUCUCUCUCGCAUCACAACUGUUGUUCCAGGAACUGAUGAGUCAAUUGGCAAGCUGGUUCAGCAAUUGCACAAGUUAAUAGAUCUUCAUGAGGUUCAGGAUAUUUCUCACUUGCCAUUUUCCGAGCGAGAGCUGAUGUUGAUAAAAAUUGCUGUUAACACUGCUGCCAGAAGGGAUGUCCUUGAUAUUGCUAAAAUAUUCCGGGCCAGAGCAGUUGAUGUGUCUGAUCACACAAUUACCCUUGAGCUAACAGGAGAUUUGAAUAAGAUCAUUGCAUUACAGAGGUUAUUGGAGACCUAUGGGAUUUGUGAGGUGGCUCGGACAGGGAGGGUGGCGUUGGUGCGAGAGUCAGGUGUUGAUUCCACAUCCCUUCGUGGAUUUUCUCUACCGAUAGAUACUGAUUAGCUGCCAAAGUCAACAAACUUUCAUAACUAACGUUUGGUUUGAAUUUCCAUAUGUAGAAUUAAAAGCUAAAACUAUUUUAUGAAAUUUCGGGUCCAAUAUUAGGUUUCACUUGGAGCGGAUCAAUGUGCAUAUGGAAGUUUAGAUAGACACUGUAGUUGUCCUUGAUGAAACUUAAGAUUUUCCCCUGAGCGAAGACAUCUAUCACCAGGCUGUUUUGUUCUUGCAUGUAAAACAUUAUAGUGUUGUAGAAUUUCCCAAUUUUCGAUCA